GGCCAGUGCGCACGCGCGGCGGACAGGGAGAUCUAUCAUAACGAAAAUGUUCUAUAAAAUCUCACUACCGCGGCGCUCAGAUCUCCUCUGCCAUGGCAUGCUUUUUCCUAUGAAACUGCAGCCAUCUCGUCACUCGGAGAAGGAUGAGAAGCUGCCCCCCAGCAAGAGGGACUGCCCCACAUCUGCCACCAAAUCCGUCGCUCACUUGAUUCAGUAAUCUCCGUCUGUGUGUCUGUCUGCUGUAUAUAUGUGGACCGUCCGUCUGCUGCACUGCGUCUGUUCUGCCAUUUACUCUAACCAUUUUAUUUUUGUUUGUUUUUUGUGUGUCCCAACUCUGACCAGCAUGUUCUCCUAUGGAACACGAAGUACCUGAAGAGGAAUGAAGAAGCCCAUGUUUGAGGCCCGCGCCCUCUGACAGGGAAAGAUGGCCGCUCUGCAUGUCACCCAGCACCAUGCUUGUGCAUUGUGAUGUCACCCAGCAGCAAUCUCUAUUGUGAUGUCAUCGGGGUAUAUAAGGAGGCGCUGGGCACAGAGCAGUCACUCGUCAGUUGGAUGUGACACGUUCGCAGGCUGAAGGGAUAUAGUGACGAUACGUCAUGCGAUUCUUUGCGUCCUAUUAUCUGCUGCUGCAGAUAAUAGUAUUUCUAUGUGGAGCUCAGGUAGCGACAUCUUGCCUGAAAUGCUUCACCACCCCAGCGGACAGAGCCAGCAUUUGUUACCAUGCGGUCUCGCUGGACAAAAUGGGGGCCGAAGAAUGUCUCCAGAGGCUACACUGGGGCUUUGACCCCCUGAAUAACAUCUCGAUAGCCUUCAACCAGAUACAGAACAUCAGAAAGUAUCUCAAGACCUUUGAAAAAGAGGUCAAGAAAAUUGAAAAACUAUCUUGGGUAGAACAGUUUGACAAAAAGAUGGCUGAAUUUGUCAAAGGCGUGAAAGAUCGUGUCGCAAGUCAUCCACCGUUGGAUUGCAGACCUCCAUGCGGGCUUCAAAAAGCUGCCCGAACCUUUUCAUGCAGCCGAUGUGCUGAGGAGGACUGCAAUAUCCCGGUGACCUGUCCCCUUAAGGACAUCAAGGUGGAAGAGCUGGAAGAGACCCGAAUCUGGUGCACGGCGUCCUUUAUCCUUCCUGAUCAUCCGAAGGUUGUUUGGAAGUACGCCAAAAACAUCAAAAAAACGGAUUUGAGUAACUUCAAAGACUUCUACAUUGGGAAUGACCUGGAUGUACACAUCAAGCCAACCAGAGUCAGCCAUAAAGGAACUUAUGCCUGUGAGAUAAUUGAUGAGGAUGAUGACAUCAUACUCCGAAGAUUCUUUUAUCUCGAUGUGACGCAGACUAAAUCCAAGGCAAUGGAGGAAAUAGAAGCUGAAUUCAAUCGAGCUCUGGCACAAAAACUACCUACCCAGGAGGAAGAGGAGGAGAGGAUCGAACAUGGUCCCUCCACUAAAGACAUCAUCCUCGCCUUCCUCCAGAGCCAUGUCAGCUAUGCCAUCUACGCUGCUGUCUGCUGUCUUAUUGUCACCGUAUUGGUCGGGUUCCUUUGGCGUCAUGCCCUGAGCGUAGACUGGUCGAAAAAAACAUCAGGACCAAGAACCAGCUUCCCACCAAAACACUACCUGCCGCCAUAGAACAAAUCAGCCAUCUGGAGUCAACAACAACAGACUCCCAAGGGGUAUCACCAACUACCCCUCAUCUGCAGCAAACCAUCUCUGCAGAAAAAAAAACUAUCCCUUACC